CAGGACCGCGCUGACCGCCGCUACCACCACCAGCACAAGUACCAGGACAUCACGCUCUUCAACGAGUUCCUGAUCCGCAGCUGCCCCACCAUGAUCAAGGGCGACAACUGACGGCCGCCCAGCCACCACAGCCAGCUCUCAAAGUAUAUUCUGCCGACGGGAACACAGUGAACACAGCACCGAAUCGCAUAACUGAACACUGCCGUAUGAUAUAAUAAAUAAACACUGGCGUAAUGAGCCACCACAUGA